AUGGAAGAUGUUCUUCUGAAAGGAAUAAAGCAAAAGAGGAAGAAGACGCCAAAGGAGGAGGUGGGGUAUGAUGUGGUUGGAGAAAGAUAUCCUCUUCUAUGCACCUUCGAGAGCCUGGAAACAAAAGUUCCGUUUGAAUCUCCACUCUUGGUGCAGAGGAUCGUUAUACCGUAUUUCCUUAAGAAGACAAAUGUUGUUGUUCAAGCCUUCACAGGGAGUGGGAAAACUCUAUCUUACUGCCUACCGCUGGUCGAAAUGGCACGUAAGGAGAGUCUUUUUGGAAUGAUACUUGUUCCUGGAAAGGCACUUGUAAGACAAGUCUACAGGGUUGUGAAUGAGAUCAAACAUGAGGGCUUAGAGGUUGUGGCAGGUUACAGAGAUGGGGAAGAGGACUUCCUUAUUGAGGAGGAUGAAAAAGGAGGCCUAGCGGAAAGAGGUGUUGAUUGUAGAUCAAAAGAGAAGAUUGAAAGAGCCUUUCAAAGUGAUGCAAAGAUUCUGAUAGGAACGCCUCUGUCUGCUCUUGGGCUUAUGCCGAUGUCUGGAACAAGGAGUAUUACACAUCUUGUCAUAGACGAGGCCGAUCUUCUAAUAAACCCGGGGACUGUCGAGGUUUUUGGAUCGAUUCUUCGUGAGAUUGAGGUGGAGAAUGCACAUAUCGGAUGCUUUAGUGCAACUAUGAAUGAAUAUGUGGGGGAAGUUAUAGAGACAGUGAAAGACAUUACAAAGGUAUAUGUUAUGUCAAAAAGGCUCAUAGAUCAUGAGUUUGUGUUUGGAACAAGCAAGAAGAUCAAGCAUUUGUCGUUGCUACAGAUCAUUGCAGAUGGGAUUGAGUCACCUACCUUGAUAUUUGUCAAGGAUGAGAAAACAGGAGAGUUUUUGAAGGGACUAUUGGACCGAAGUGGUGUUUAUAAAGAAGGAGGUGAAGUAAGUGGAGAGGUGCUUGACGCCUUUAGGUUGAAGAAGAUCUGGUAUUUGUUUGGGACAGAUUCUCUGAGUAGAGGCGUUGAUUUCUAUAACAUCAGGAGCAUUAUAAACUAUGAUCUUCCGGAUACAAAAACGCAAUUUGUCCAUAGAGUUGGAAGAAUCAAUAGAAACUGCCAAGGACAGAAGGUUUAUACGAUCUAUACAAGUGAAGACUUUGGAAGGAUUUCGAUUGUUGCAGAAUUUCUAGAGGAGAAUGGACAUGAGGUACCAAAGCACAUUACCCGGAUCAUAGAAAAAAGCAAGAAGAAGAUGAGCAAGAAGUCCUAG